AUGCCGUUCGAGUUAAAGAACGCCGCCGCCACUUACCAGCGGAUGAUGAAUAAAGUGUUCAGAAAGCAGAUCGGGCGGAAUCUUGAGGUAUACUUCGAAGACAUCCUCAUUAAGUCCCUCCAAUCUGUCGACCUAUGUGCAGAUGUAGAAGAAACUUGCCAGACUCUGAGACAUUACGAGAUCAAACUCAACCCGCCCGAGUGCUUGUUCGGCGCUAAAGGCGAGCGUUUCCUGGGCUACAUUGUCACCGAGCGAGAGAUCGAGGCAAACCCUGGCAAAGUAAAAGCGCUCCAAGACAUGCCCCCGCCUCGCAAUUUAAAAGAGGUGCAGAGGCUGACCGGAAGGAUCACAGCUUUGUCAAGAUUUAUCUCCAAAUCAUCCGACCGGAGCCUGCCGUUCUUCAAAAUUCUACGACAAGCAACCAGGUUCCAAUGGGACGAAGUGUGUGACCGGGCUUUUGAAGAACUCAAGCAAUAUCUCAGUUCCUUGCCCAUUUUAGCCAAGCCAAUCGUGGGAGAGCCUCUCUGGAUUUAUUUAUCAUCUACCGAGUAUGCGAUUGGAUCGACAUUAGUCAGCCAUAAAGCACAAGCACUGGUGGACUUCGUCACGGAAGUGCAAAAUCCUGAGCCGGAAACCGCAUGGACAAUGUACAUGGAUGGAUCAUCGGCUCGUCAGGGAAGCGGAAUUGACAUCUUACUCAUAUCUCCAAGAGAAGCUCGGAUGCAGUUAUCCAUUCGGCUGGACUACCAAGCCACCAACAACGAAGCUGAGUAUGAAGCGCUUAUAGCCGGUCUGCAAGCUGCUCGGCAUGUCGGUGCCACCAAGGUACUCCUACACUCAGACUCACAAUUGGCGGUCCAGCAGCUAAACGGGAUGUUCGAGAUCAAUAGCGUGCGGCUCACGCUAUACGCCGAGGCCUUCAAAAAGCUCAAGGGGAAUUCCCAAGAGGUUGUUAUACAGAAGAUUCCUCGGUCUGAGAACCAAGUAGCAGACGAGCUGGCCAAGCUAGCCAGCACAGUGAUUCCGAUCGUCACCAGUAGCCCAAUCGAACAGGUCUCCCUAGUGGCAUGUGUUGACCGAUCGGGAGGAAUACUAUUGUCGGAAGAUUGGAGGUCGCCCAUCAUUGAGUUCCUCCAGUCGGUGGGUCAGCCGGGGAGCCGGGAGGCCGAUCGAACUCUACAGAAGAGAGCCGCUCGAUUCACAUUAGUGGGCGAGCAGUUAUAUAAAGAGGCAUUCUCGCAUCCUCUGCUCAAGUGCGUGGGUGCUGAAGAUGCUGAAUACAUCCUUCAAGAAUGGGGAAUGGACAUAGUCGGUCCUUUUCCUAUGGUGACAGGCCAAAGAAAGUUCCUGCUUAUAGCUGUGGAUUACUUCUCAAAAUGGGUGAAAGUCGAGCCGCUAGCGAAGAUAACGGAAAGUAUGAUCAAGAAGUUCGUAUGGCAGAAUAUCAUAUGUCGAUUCGGUAUUCCUCGUCGACUCAUCUCAGAUAAUGGGAGGCAGUUCACAGGUCAAGAGCUAAAGGAAUGGUGUGAUGGUUAUGACAUUCAGCAAGCUUUUACCUCCGUGGCCUACCCCUAG